AUAUUCAUCUCAAGCCCUCAAGGAGCCCACAAACUGCAGGUUUAGAAUCCAAGUAACCUUCCUGCCAGUCAGCAACAUGCUGGGGAUAAACUGCUCCCACACUGCUCUUUUCACAACAAAUGCCACAGUUUUCAGUGACGUGGGCUGCCCCGAGGCUGCUGUGGUGUGUGGAAUGAAUAUCUCCUGGGUGUUGGCUAACGGUACUGCACAAGAUCUAGAUGACAUGUGCUUGAGCGAGGAGGAGUACCUGGCCAAGAACCUGGGGCUUCCGAGGUCCCCUGAGUUCCUUCCUGUCUGUGUCACCUACCUCACCAUCUUUAUGUUGGGCGUACUGGGAAAUUCUCUGACCUGCAUUGUCAUUUUGCGCCACAGGGUGAUGCAGACGCGCACCAACUAUUACCUGCUGAGCCUGGCGGUGUCUGACCUGCUGGUGCUGCUGCUGGGCAUGCCAUUAGAGCUCUACGAGAUGUGGCAGAACUACCCUUACCUGCUGGGGGAGGGGGGUUGCUACUUCAGAACAUUCCUGUUUGAAACGGUCUGCUUCGCUUCCAUCCUCAAUGUCACGGCGCUCAGUGUGGAGCGCUACGUUGCAGUUGUGCACCCCCUCAAAGUCAAACACAUGACCACACGUGCUCAUGUCAAGAGGGUCAUCUUAAUGCUGUGGGUGGUGUCCAUGCUGUGUGCUGUGCCAAACACUAGUCUGCAUGGGAUUUUGGUGCUGCCUCCAAAGUUUGGACGACAGUUUCCACGAUCUGCUAUGUGCCAUGUGAUUAAGCCUACCUGGAUGUACAACCUGGUCAUCCUAAUUUCCACACUGGCCUUCUUCCUGCUCCCCAUGCUGAUAAUUAGCAUUCUCUACCUGCUCAUUGGCUUGCGGCUGCACAGGGAGAGGAUGACUGUGGUGGACACCGGGUGUAGCUUUGGACCGGAAAGUUUGUCUAGGUCCCACGAGCAGAAGCUGAGCAAACGCAACCUGCAAGUCACCAAAAUGCUGUGUGUGCUGGUGGUUGUGUUUGGCCUUUGCUGGGCUCCCUUCCAUGUGGACCGCUUGAUGUGGAGCUACAUUUCCGAGGAGCAUUAUCAGGUCUUCAAGCACGUCCACAUCAUCUCCGGAGUCUUCUUCUACCUAAGCUCUGCCGUCAACCCUAUCCUCUACAACCUCAUGUCCACCAGGUUCAGAGAAAUGUUCAGUCACUUUACUUGUUAUUCUAACAGCUGGCCGGUGCGCUCCAGCUUACAGAUGACCCAACGCAGCACCUUGAGCGAGAAAAACUGUAUUUAGUCGGGGCCAAAGGAAAAUGGUGUGGAUUGUAUCCUAUGGCCUACACAGUUGCCAGAUUUCAUUCCAACACCAUCAUCGACACACCCAAUGAGGGAAUUUUCUUUUGAACAAUGUUGUUUAUUCCUCCAGUAGAGCUCAAUGGCUUCUCUAUGCCAAGGAGCAUUGAAGUUGUUCUGGAUGCUUGUGCUGCUCCAACACCCUAUGUAGGUUUUUCCUUUCAUUUGUCACCCAUCCGUACAUAUCAGUAGCCCAUAGACCUUCAUAUAAGAAAGGUCCCCAAAUGGAAUGGUAUUAUCCUCUUUGUGGUAGGGAAUGUCACACGAAGACAAGAUGACCUGGCGUUACACUGAAUGGUUAGAACCAUGUGACCAAAGGCUAUGUGUCAAGCCUUAAGAGACGCACUUAAGAAAAAAAAUAAGCAUUCUUUUUGCUGCACUCUCUUUUACUGUAAGUCCUUUAGACUGCAGAAAUAUCUACAGUAACUGAAAUCCCAUUUAGAGAGAGGACCAAUGAGACUGAAUUAAG